CUCGUUCACCGAUUCCAAGCCACACAAUGAAAUACCACUUCAGUCCGGAAGAGAGAACAAGGCAAAAGUGGAAAAUGAAAAGUGAAAAAAGAAAAACACGAAACAAAAUAGUAAAACGGUAAAAAGUGGAGAUCCGGAUAAUCAACCUGAAGCGAACCCGCUGUAAUUAUAUACGAGUGGAGAGCUCAGUCCCUGUUCAAACCCUAGCGAAAAAAAAGAACCCAUCCCAUCCUUUUUCCUAUCUCUUCUCUCUCUCUGGUCUGAAGCCCCGUCCAUGGCUUCACGCAGAAUCGUAUCGUCGCUUCUCCGAUCGGCGUCGCGCCGUUCCGCGUCGUCGUCGAAUCCCAAUCCUAAACUUUUCUCCCCUUCCCCAGCCUCCGCCCGCCGCGCAUCUACGUAUGGCUACCUCCUCACCCGCACCUCCGAGUACGCUACUUCCGCCGCCGCCGCGGCCCCUGCGCAAUCGGCUCCCGUGAAGACCGGUGGAAAGGAUGUAGGUAAAAUCACCGAUGAUUUCACCGGGAAAGGUGCGAUCGGGCAGGUGUGCCAGGUGAUUGGUGCCGUCGUCGAUGUCAGAUUCACUGAGGGUCUGCCGCCGAUCUUGACUGCUCUCGAGGUGUUGGAUCACUCGAUCCGUCUGGUUUUGGAGGUGGCCCAGCAUUUGGGAGAGAACAUGGUCAGGACCAUUGCUAUGGAUGGUACUGAAGGCUUGGUCAGAGGCCAGCGUGUCCUCAACACCGGUUCUCCCAUCACUGUGCCUGUUGGCAGGGCUACUCUUGGCCGUAUUAUGAAUGUUAUCGGAGAGCCUAUUGACGAGAAGGGAGACAUCUCAACGGAGCACUUCCUGCCCAUCCAUAGGGAAGCUCCAUCCUUUGUAGAGCAGGCCACUGAGCAGCAAAUUCUUGUCACUGGUAUCAAGGUUGUUGAUCUCCUCGCACCAUACCAGAGGGGUGGAAAGAUUGGUCUGUUCGGUGGGGCUGGUGUCGGGAAAACAGUGCUGAUUAUGGAACUUAUCAAUAAUGUUGCCAAGGCCCAUGGUGGUUUCUCUGUUUUUGCUGGUGUUGGGGAACGUACCCGUGAGGGUAAUGACUUAUACAGAGAAAUGAUUGAGAGUGGUGUCAUUAAGCUAGGGGACAAGCAGGCUGACAGCAAAUGUGCUCUUGUGUACGGUCAAAUGAAUGAACCACCGGGUGCUCGUGCCCGUGUUGGUCUCACUGGUCUAACUGUUGCAGAGCACUUCCGUGAUGCUGAAGGCCAGGAUGUGCUUCUCUUUGUUGAUAACAUUUUCCGAUUCACCCAGGCCAACUCAGAGGUGUCUGCCUUGCUUGGUCGUAUUCCAUCUGCCGUGGGGUACCAACCAACUCUUGCUACAGAUCUUGGAGGACUCCAAGAGCGUAUUACAACCACCAAGAAGGGUUCCAUUACUUCCGUGCAAGCUAUCUAUGUGCCAGCUGAUGAUCUGACAGAUCCUGCUCCGGCUACCACUUUUGCUCACUUGGAUGCCACCACUGUUUUGUCACGACAGAUUUCGGAGCUGGGUAUCUAUCCUGCUGUUGAUCCACUGGAUUCCACAUCCCGUAUGCUUUCUCCUCACAUUCUAGGAGAAGAUCACUACGGAACUGCUCGUGGAGUGCAGAAGGUUCUCCAGAACUACAAGAAUCUUCAGGAUAUUAUUGCCAUAUUGGGUAUGGAUGAGCUCAGUGAAGAUGACAAGUUAACGGUUGCUCGUGCCCGUAAAAUUCAGAGGUUCUUGAGCCAGCCUUUCCAUGUCGCUGAAGUUUUCACGGGUGCCCCUGGCAAGUACGUUGAGCUGAAGGAGAGCAUCGCCAGUUUCCAGGGUGUGUUGGAUGGAAAGUACGACGACCUCCCAGAACAGUCAUUUUACAUGGUAGGAGGAAUCGAAGAGGUGAUUGCCAAGGCCGAGAAGAUUGCCAAGGAGAAUGCAUAGUAAAACACAAAGGGAAGAUGUGGCCUUUUUGUUUUUCCUUGUUAUUUUUGGGGGGCGGGUUUAAUCCCAUCAUGACAACUUAGCCUUUUAAUCUUGGGUGUUCCCCUGUCCUCUGAUAAUUCCGAAAAUCAAUAAUGACAGCCAGUGGCAAAGGGGAUUCCUUGCCCGAGGAUGAUGAUGAUAUGUUCGAAUUUUUUUGAAACUAGAAAAGAUUGCGGGAUUGGCUUUUCUCUAUUGCUGGUCUUUUGACCGGCCCGAAUUGGAUGCAGUUGAACCCCUCCCCGAAUUAUUUUGUUCAAUAAGCUGUUGGUGGGGAUGAUGAGAAAUAUGAUGUUGGGGAGUUGUAUAUCAGGUGCUGCCUUUGCGAGCUGACCUUUCUAGAUGCUCUGCUGUUUUUUUAUGUGACAAUUGUUGGCAAUUUCUGACCUGACUACGACUGUGGCUCUUAUUUGAUGGGCAGUAGCAUGUCUUAUAUUGCUUCCAACAUGUUUUGGUUUAUCUCGUUCUAUUUUCAGACUUGUUCGGUCAUGAUUUGCAUCAAUAAUUAUCUGUAUUUCUUCUCUUUUAAUCUUUAAAAUUAAUAUAUUUUCAUUUAAAAAAAUAUAAGAUUAUCGGAGAGCUUAUCCUAGAAGUUUUCUUCAAAUUCUUGAUUUAUUUGCUCGGAUUCGGGCAUAUUGUCUCCUCAAUCAGAGUUUAUGUGGAUACCAUUUUCAUCCAUAAUUUGGGGAGUAAAUUAACGUGUUGUUGCAGAAGUUAUUUCCAUCUCCUGACCGUUAGCCUGAUAAUUAUCCUCCGAGGGUUUUGGCCAUGGGAAAAAUCAACCAGGUCUGAUAUCAGGGACAACUGGAUUGGAGCCCUUCUUGACGAAGUUCUGCAUUGUUUAUCUAACUUAAGGGGGUUCAGUGUGCGGUUUCUAGAUCGGCGUAGUAAUAGGGUAGCCCAUUUGGUGGCUAGGAAGGCUCUUCUUUUGUACCCGACUGCAAGUCGUUUCUUUGACUUUAUGGUCUGAUUAAAUUAUAGGAUGUAACUAUUUUUUUCUGAUCAAUAUAUGAUUAUCUUUUUUUUUCUUCAUCCCUUCCCAUGUGAGCGAUCAUAUUUCUCAGUCGGGCACUCCUACAUCUCCCAUCUGUGAGAGUGAGAUGGGAUGGGAUGGCAAUAAAUACUCGGCUGAUAGAGGCCUGCAAAACUCACUCUACUUUGAGCAUCAUAACGACAUAACCUCAGUAUCGAGCAACAAAAGCAAGUGAAUCACUUGGCCAAUCAACCCUAAAUUUUGAGGGCACAUCUUUUAGGUUCGUUUCUCUUUGCAUUUUGCUCUUUUCUUCUUUGUGGCAAGAUGAGAAUGGUUGGGCUUUUAGGGUUAUUGCUAUGCAUGGGUCUUCUGAUUCGAUAUAUACUCCUGUUCUGGAUGGCUUGGGCUAGCACCAUGGGUCCAUGCAAGGGUAAAGACUAGAUUGUCAACAUCAGGCUCAGCUUUUCAUGGAUAAUAUGUCGAUUCCCUUGCUCCAACGUAUCGUCAAUAAUCGGUGGAAGUGCAGUGCUCCAAUGGCGGUUUUGGAAGAUGGUUGCUACAAAAUACACUCAUAACGAAGGCCAAGUGUAACCAAUAAAAGAGACUAUAGUAUAGCGCCACAGUAAUAAAAUAUUGAAUACACG